AUGUCGACUCUCGCUUAUUCUCCUUCUUCUUCUUCAUCUUCCAUACUCUCUUAUCGACCGACCUCACCACUUUCCAGACCAUGCUCUCCUCUGUCCAAUGCGUCCGGAUCCCACUCCUACUCUCGAUCCACUUCCCCACAUUAUCAGCAUACUAGUAAAGCUAAAUCUGUAUCCUCUAUUCCUACUUAUCAUUCAAUCCAUCGGUUGACCCAAACACCAAUGCCAUUCGAUCAAGCUGGGCCCUCAAAUUCAAAUAUAAGCACAAUAUCAAGAAGCUCAUCUUUCAAGCAUCGUCCCAAUCCCAGAUCUCAAUCACCCAAUCAUAAAGAACAGCAGAAAUCGGGACUUUCUAGAUCUUCAUCAGUUCGUUCAUGUAGAUCAAAGAAAUUCGUCUCGGAAACUCAAACCCAAACUCUACCUCAAUCACCCUCUAGAUUACCUUCUAUAGAUUGCGUUUCUUAUUUCCCCCCUUUCGAGGAUAUGGGAAGUACCUCUUCUUUUGAUGGUGCUGAAACUGCUCGAGAUCAUAGACUACAUUCAAGAUUGGAAAGGAUAUCGAGUCAACAUAGUCAUCACAAAAAAGGGAAAAGUCUAAGUUCGAUAGCAGGUAUAAUGUCUGCAUCUUUAUCUUGGAGUCUUUCAGGUCUGACAUGUACCAGCCCUUCUUCUACUUCUACUUCGCCCAAACAUCAAAAUAUAGAUGGAAACGACGAUAAGGUUGUCGAAGCUUUGACUAAGCGAUUCUCAUCUUCAUCUUCGACAUCCUCCAAGAGGAGAGUAUUGGAACCGUUCACCUUGACUCCGUUAGAUCUGGAUACGACAAACAGACACGAUGGAGAGGAUAGAAGUAAAAUGCAUAAGAGAAGGAUGAGGAGCGAGAUCGAAGUGGAUUUAUCCCUGAUCAGAAGUAAUAGUCUGAAAGAGAAAUUACACCUGAGAGGUGAUAGUUUGAAAGGCGACAGGGUAUCGAUAAAUGAUGAAGAUCUUGUGGACAGUAUGUUAGGUAAUACACCUUCCCGUCCUUCAGCCCAAUCUACCCGUUGUACUCGACCUAAUCUUCGAUUACCUAUCCCCACUUUACCCAACUGGCGAUUCCCCCUUGGGCCUUCACCACCCGUCACAUGCCUAUCGCCUGAUAUCCCUCUAGAAGCUUUUUCGACAGCUAUAGAUAAUCCAUGUCUUUUGACACCUUCUAGAACUACCUUCUCUCAGUCCCACUCCCCUUCUACAGGAGAAGAAGAAGAAGUGGAAGUUAUAGAUUGUGGAUUAUCCGUUUCGGCCUCACCAUCACCUACUAGUCCAUGUUCAUUUGGUAAUGGACCGUCUACUCCUCCUAAAGAUCAUAAUGGAACGGAUAACGUAUCUAUACAUAAUAAUUCUUUAUCCCCAUGGUCAAAUUCGAAAGAAACUAAGUCGAAUAUCGACUUGGAUUUGAGAAGGAUUGAAAGUAGGACAAGCGAAUUGAGUAUAGAAACUAUCAAGAUCAAACAACCUAGUAAUGGUUGGUUGGACGUUACUCCCAAAUCUAGUAAAAUAGUCAAGAGGGACAACUGA